AACAAAUCAGUUAUUGCUACCUGUUUCUCGGGGCUUUCGUCGCCUUCCUACCAAAAAUUUAUCUAGGUCAUCAAAAGGUUACCGAUCGAUAUAUCAUGGCUGGGUCAAAAUUCAUGCCCAACGUAGUGCUAGACAGCGAACGGGAACACCUAAAAGUCUUCCCACCGAGUGGAAAUGGCAGGCGUUUCGAUGUUCGCACCAUUCACAUUUCGUGUAAAUCAAACCCAUACAGUGGAAGUCAACAUAAAUACGGUGGAAUUAUCAUUUACGGGCGAGAUGGCUUUGAUGACUGGUACACUGCCAACGGAACACACUGCAAAAGUGGAUAUGUCGUCAUCAUGCAAACCGAUACCCAAGAAUUUCAAGAGCUGCAAAAGAAAUGGCAGAAUGAACCGGGCAAAGUACAUGGCAUCAUCUACAAAAAAGCCUUCGGGGAAUCAUGCAACCAAGUGGAUGUGGUCGGUGAAGGAUUUGGAAUCAUAGAUGGCGAGUUCAAGACAAUUUCCAACACCUUCCAUCCUUUUCUCAAUGACGACGACAAGGGCAACCCGGACGACAAGAAGCACCGCUUCGCGGGCAAAGACGACAGCAAACACGGCCACAGCCUGGAGAUGCAUCCAGUAUCAAAAAAGUGUGUAGAAAAGGUGGUUGAGUGGUGGAAGAGAGCUGGAUCCAACUUCCUCGAGCGCCAGAAUCAUGCGGUUAAAAGUUUACUUUCCUCUGAUGAGGAGUAAAAACCACAUAGCUAAGUUCUAAAACUGCUGCAGCUUUAAGACACUGAAUAUUCAUAUAAUUUUUUUGCUAAUGUGUCGGACAUAAUGGAAGCUCAAGCUCUUUGGUCAUUUUUUCUUGUUGUAUGAUGAGUAUUCGCUCCACAAGGAUUACUCAACUUCUCGUAGGUUGAGCUCCUUCGUGAGUUCUUUUUUAGGCAUACAUGCAUAGUUUGGUAUUUAAUUUUUUUUCAAAAUAAAAGCCUGUAAAUCACUGAAUGUUACAUUAAAG